AUGUUCGCACUGCGGUGUAAGCAUUAUGCUAUAACACACGGACUACAGCGACUCUUCACUACUGCUCUUUUCUCCCGACAUCCCUUUCAAAGGUUUGCGUCGACUAGCUCAAAGCCAACAGAGCAGCUUGAUAUCGAUAAAAAGAACGGAGUUUUGGCGUACAUUCCGUUCGGCUCCGACUUCGAGUUAACUCCUAUAAUGGAUAGAGACAAACAAAAGCACCCAGACAGCACACUUAGUAAGGAAAAGAUGGCUGAAGCGGUGAAAGUGAAUCGUGAUCUACUCAAAAGACAACUUGAAUUGGAAGAAAACGCAAUCGACCUAGCCGUUCAGAAAUAUCAGGCUAUGAAAGCUGAGGUAGAGAAGAUCGGUCAGGGUGUGUCACUACGCCCUGCCCAAAUUCUUCUUGCGGAUUGGUUCGAUCCUCUUUCCACAGCAAUUCGUGAAGAGCAAUUAAACAUCAAGUACAGCUCACAAGGAAAAGGAGCCAUUUCCGAAAAGGCCAUUCAGCCCUAUCUCCUGCUUCUAAAGCCGGAAAAGAUUUCGAUUAUCGUUCUCCAUGAGCUGGUCCACAUCCUGAUGCAAAGCCCUGCUGGAAACGCCUACACCUUCUGCUGUGAAAACGUCGGCAAGAUCAUCAAAUCCGAAGCUAUCGCGAAAAUCGAAAGCGACAAGAAGCGCAGAUCCAAAAAAAAGGAGAUUUUCGUCACCGCUCCGCUCCCUGACACCGAUCUUGUGAAUUCCACUUUUUCCCCUGAUUUUGUUAGACAGAUUGGGCGCCGGAUAUUACUCGAUGGGAAAGUCGGAAUUCCAAAAAUCGCCCAGUUUUAG